CGUCCAUUAUACGAUCCCCACCAGAAUACCAUCAACCCAUGCUUUCUAGGAUCUGUCAAUGUGGUGUUCUCUGCCAUUGUAGGUCUCAUUGCCGUUUUCCAGAUAUUCAACCUACUCUGGAACAAUAAGCAUGGUCCCUACAGAAUCAAAUAUUCGUUCGGUUCUCCUUUUGGGCUCAAAAGCGUUGGUAUUUACCAUCUUGUGAAAAUUAACUCAAUUAUAUUGCAAUUCGUGUUGAUCUUGCUGUUGACCAUAUUGACAUACACAGGUGAAAACGUCAAGUCGUUCGGCUUAGUAUUGAAUACUUUCUUACUCGCAGCCGUAGUGCUACCAUUGCAUAUCGUGGAAGUAACCAGAUCUGUGAUACCCAGUGCCUCCUUGUUGCUCUACUGGGUUGGUUCCACUUUCUACGACUUUGUCGUCGUACUCCAGGACUCUUUCUCUACACAAAAGGUUUACAUUCCCUCAGAGAAUAAACCUCUAGCUUCUAUCAUUUACGUGCUAGAACUAGCCAUUUUAUUGAAUUCUGCUUUGGUUCUUGUAUUUGAGCUUUCUCUCUACAAGCCAUCGGUGGAAUUGGUUGACUACUUCAACUUAAACGACUGGGAUGUCUCUUCAGUAAGAAACUUCUUCUCAGAAUUGGGGUUCUUCUGGUUAAGAGAUACCAUCCAAGACAUCCACGAAACAAACACAGUUUCCUUUGAUGAAAUUCCUCCAAGUCCUAUCGUAGACAGAAAACUCAAAAAAAUCGCCAAUCCUAGCGAAGAUGAUUUGAAACUCCCUCACUUCUCAAUGUUCUUGCUCUUAUUCAAAAUUCACUGGGCUAUAUUGUUAAGAGGGUUUAUUGUCGAUUCAUUGGAAAUGAUUUUCAGUUUUGGUCAAGCUUUCUUGUUCCAAAGAUUCAUCUUAUACUUCACCAAUGCAAGCUCUGCAAACACGGAAAACGGGCAAGGCGAACCUCUUAUUGUAGGCUUUGCUAUCGCUACUGCCAUUUUCUUUUGUGCUGUAGGUAGAUUCAUCAGUUUCAACCAGUUCUUCGUUUGUUACUUUGUUGUUAGAAGUAAGUUGCAAUCGUCUUUAAUCGGGUUCGUCUACAACAAGGCAAUUCGCUUAUCACAGGAAUCCAGAAAGGGCAAAUCUACUGGUGAUAUUGUCAACAAUCUUUCUGUAGAUGUUUUUGAAGUCAGUGAAUUACCCAGACUUGUUGAAGCUGCCACAAUGCCAUUCAGAUUAGUUUUCUCAUUGCUUGCUUUAUACAAAAUUAUGGGUCCCGCAAGUUAUUCGGGUUUCGUUGUCGCUGCCAUCUUAGUGCCUAUCAGUAGUAAAGUGAGUUCUUCUAUCUGGACCCUUUACAAUGAAAGUAUGAAGAUAAGAGAUGAAAGAACCCGCUUGACAACUGAAAUUUUGAACUCCAUCAAAAGUAUCAAGUUAUACUCGUGGGAGAAGCCAAUGUUGAGUAGAUUAUUCUCCAUCAGAAACGACCGUGAAUUAGUAUAUGCCAAGAAGAUUGGAAUUUUCAAUGCUGCUGCCACCUUCUUAUGGUCUUGUAUCCCAUUCAUGGUGUCUUGUGCUUGUUUGGUAACAUUUGCAGUUCUUUCCAAGGCUCCGUUAGUUCCAUCUGUUGUCUUCCCUGCUUUGACCUUAUUCGAGAUUUUGGCGGAGCCAAUUUUACUUCUUCCCGAUCUCUUUUCUCAAGUAGUGGAAAUGAAUGUUUCCUUGAAGAGAUUGAGAGAGUUGUUCUUAUUGGAGGAGUUGGACGCUGAUAUCAUUGAAAGAACUGACAAUUCCCUUUCCAAAAAUGACAGCGCUAUUGAAAUUAAAAAUUCGACAUUCCUUUGGAGCACUGAACCAAAAAUUGAAAGCACUGAUCCAGAAAGCGUCGUUGAAUCUGAGGGCCCUUCAAAUAUUGCUCUUGAUAACAUUAACUUUGAAGCCAAAAAGGGACAGUUGACUUGCGUAGUGGGAAGAGUUGGAAGUGGAAAGACUACCCUUCUCAGAUCAAUCCUUGGAGAAGUCCCUGCUCAAAAGAAUGCUGAUACUUCAAUCAAAGUCAAUGGCUCAAUUGCAUACUGUGCUCAAAGUCCUUGGAUCAUGAAUGCUACCGUAAAGGCUAACAUUUUGUUUGGAUGCAAAUUUAACAAGGUCUUUUACGAUCGUACAGUUGAAGCUUGUCAAUUGACGAGCGACUUUGAAGUAUUACCAGAUGGUGACAGAACUGUCGUUGGUGAAAAGGGUAUUUCCUUGAGUGGUGGUCAAAAGGCAAGAAUUGCCCUCGCAAGAGCCGUUUACUCAAGAGCCGAUGUUUGCAUUCUUGAUGAUGUUUUAUCUGCUGUUGAUGCUCAUGUUGGUAAGAACAUUACUAAGUUAGUUUUGGGACCCGAAGGUCUUUUGGCAUCUAAAACUGUGGUUUUGGCAACCAACGCUGUUAAUGUCUUGCACCAAGCCCAUGAAAUUGUUCUCUUGAAGAAAGGGAAAAUUACUGAAAGGGGAAACUAUGACGAGGUUAUGGCCAGAAAAUCCGAUUUGGCUGCUUUAAUCGAAGAAUAUGAUGAUUCUAAAGAUGAUAUUAAAGGAAAUGCGGAUGUUCAUGUGGCAUCAACAGAUAUAAACUCCUCACAAUCCAGUGAUGAAAUUGUAAAGUAUUCUCCAGAAAAUGAAACUGCCGUCGAAGAUGACGAAGAACAAUUUGAACACCUAGAAAGAAUGGAAACAAGAACAACCCUUCGAAGAGCUAGUUUUGUUUCCUUCAGCCAUAAUUAUGAGGAUGAUGAAGACGAAACAGUUGUUAAACGAACAGGUCAAGAAGCUGAAGUAGGGGCUCAAGGUGAAGUAAAAUUGGGAGUUUACUUGGAAUACUUCAAGGCCUGCAAUUAUUCAUAUGUUGCACUUUACGUCAUCUGUUUUGCUUGUAAUAUAACUGCUAGUAUUCUGGCCAAUUAUGUAUUGAAGACAUGGUCAGAGCAGAAUAUGAGUGCCGGACAUAAUGUCAAUCCUAUUUUGUUCUUGUCCUUCUAUGCAACCUUAGGUAUUUCUGGUGGAUUCUUCACUUUGUUGGGUGCUAUGGUUAUAUGGACUUACUGUGUUGUUAGUGGUUCCAAGUAUUUCCACGAUAAAAUGGCCAGAAGCGUGUUAAGGUCACCAAUGUCCUUCUUUGAAACAACUCCAACCGGUCGUAUUAUUAAUAGAUUUGCCGACGAUAUCAAUGUUCUUGAUCAGCAGAUUAUUUGGUCUUGUAUGGGUGCGGUUGAACAUGUCCUUCAGGCAUUUGGUUUAAUUUCAGUCAUUGUAUACAAUCUUCCACUCAUGUUUAUUAUCAUUGCUGUCUUGCUUUACGUUUACAACCAAGUUAGAGGAUAUUUUAUUCCAUCUUCGAGAGAACUUAAGAGAUUAGCAAGUGCCAAAAAGAGUCCUGUCUUCUCACACUUGCAGGAGUCUGUUAGUGGAGCUGAAACUAUCAGAGCUUAUGGCCAAGAAGAAAGGUUCAAGUUCCAGAACACGAACAAUGUUGACAGUUUGGUUCGUGUAACAUUUACUAACCUUUGCUGCAAUAGAUGGUUGUCCAUGAGGUUGCAGAGUAUAUCUGCAGUUAUAGUGUAUGCCUGUACGUUACUCAUUUUGGCUUCUUUAGGUGCCAAGAAGCAAUUGAGUUCUGGUUUGGUUGGUUUCAUUAUGAUUAAUGCCUUGAGUAUCACUGGUGUAUUGAAUGCUAUUAUUAGAUAUUGGGCUGAUAUUGAAACAAAAUCGGUUUCUAUUGAAAGAAUCAUUGAAUAUUGCAACUUGACCCCAGAAGCUGAAGAGGUAGUCGAGGGAAAUAGACCUCCUCAAGACUGGCCAGCAACUGGAGCUAUCUCUUUUAAGAAUUACACAACCAGAUAUAGAAAGAACUUGGAUCCAGUUUUGAAUGACAUCACCAUCGACAUUAAACCACAGGAAAAGAUUGGUAUUGUCGGCAGAACUGGAGCUGGUAAGUCAACUCUUUCAUUAGCAAUCUUCAGAAUUAUCGAAGCAACUGGGGGCCAUAUCGAAAUCGAUGGUAUAAAUACCAGUGAAAUUGGUCUCUACGAUUUACGUCAUAAACUUAAUAUUAUCCCUCAGGAUGCUCAUGCAAUUGAGGGAUCUAUCAGACUGAAUUUGGAUCCUUUUGACGAACAUAGUGAUGACGAACUCUGGAAAGUUUUGGAAUUAGCACACUUGAAAGAACACGUCCAAUCCAUGAAAACGAAGAAGGAAGUAGACGAAGAUGACAAGAAAGAAGAAACCUCCGAGAAUGCUGAUGACUUCGAUGUUGGACUUGCUGCUAAAGUGCAAGAAGGUGGCUCCAACUUAUCUUCGGGCCAAAGACAACUUUUGGCCCUUGCAAGAUCCUUAUUAAAUCCUUCAAGGGUUCUUAUUUUAGAUGAGGCUACUGCUGCUGUUGACGUACAGACAGAUAAGAUUAUCCAGGAAACGAUCAGAUCAGAAUUUAACAACAAGACUAUUUUGACCAUUGCUCACAGACUUGAAACCAUCCUCGAUAGUGAUAGAGUUCUUGUUUUGGAUAGAGGUCAAGUUAAGGAAUUCGACUCUCCAAAGGCAUUGUUGUCGGAUGAAUCUUCAAUCUUCUACUCCUUGUGCAAAGAAGGGGGAUAUCUCAAAGAUAUUGACUUAUAG